UAUAUGAGGUAAUUUAUAUAUAUAAAUAUAAAUUUGGAUAAAUUGUUAUUAUUUUUUAUUAUUAUUGAUAAAUGUAUUAUUGUAUUGUGUAGAGGUCUAUAUGAAACUCUUUUAAAAAUGAGAAUUGCUCAAUAUGUAUCAUUUAUGGAGGCUUCUCAAUUUGCACCGAGCAUUGGUAAAACAAACAAUAUUGUUGAACGAGCAAGAUUACUUGCGGAACGCUUAAAUUCAGUAGAAAAGGGGAUGUUUCUAUUGACACCUUAUAACUUGGGACGACAUUGGAUGGUGAUAAUCAUAUAUGCUCAUAGCCAAGAUGCAUAUUUUUUCGAUCCAGUUGGUAAUCAUCCAAAAGAAGAUGCCGUGAGUGUAGUCAAAAGUGCAUUUGACUUAUAUAAUACCCGAAAUAAUAAUUUAAGAAGAAAAGUCCAAGGCGUAACUUGGUAUACAGUUCAGGGUCCUAAACAACCUGACGAUAAAGUCUGUGGUUUUUACAUCAUGCGACUAAUGAGAGACUUAACUAUGUCGAACGAUCCAAGAGAUUAUCUAGAGAAGCAUUGUUAUGGUCAGAAAACAUACUCAACGGAUGAGAUCAACGAAGUGCGUGAAGAAUGGGUCUCCUACUUAACUGAGUAUAUGCCAUGAUUUAGUUUAAACUUUAUUAAGUAUAUAUGACUAAUUAUACUCAUUGUCAAACUUUUAAACUAAUUACAAUAUAUAUUAUUAUGUAAUACUUUAUUAUAUUAAAAGAUGAAUUACAUACAUCUAUUUAAAGUAUUGAAAGAUUAUUUUGCAUAUUCUUUUUGAAUUGUAAAUUUUUGUAUGCAAUCAAUGUAAUGGAAAGGGGAAUUAUUUUUUUUUCC